AUGACAAUGGUGAACGACGCUAAAGAUAAACGAUCUUCUAAGUCUUCGAAAUCGAGCGCUAAAAAAAGCACUCCAAGAAAAGCACACAAGCGGAAGGAACAACCCGAAGAUUAUCAGGAAAUAGUGCCUGUGAAAGAUCCAAAAAUUGACCGGAGCAAAUCUUGCCCAUAUCUUGACAAAAUUAACAGAUCUGUCUUGGACUUUGAUUUUGAAAAGCUGUGUUCAGUAUCUCUAUCACAUAUCAAUGUAUAUGCGUGUCUUGUUUGUGGGAAAUACUUCCAAGGCCGAGGACCUAACACCCAUGCUUACACACACAGUGUGUUCGAGGGACACCAUGUGUUUCUCAACCUGCAAACUCAGAAGUUCUACUGUCUGCCUGAUAACUACGAGAUUAUGGACUCCUCACUCGAAGACAUCAUAUAUGUGCUGAAUCCAACCUUCACUGAGGACCACAUAAAGACCCUUGAUGCCAACCCAAAAAUGUCUCGAGCUUAUGAUGGAGCAACCUAUCUACCAGGAAUUGUGGGUUUGAACAACAUCAAAGCAAAUGAUUACUGCAAUGUGGUGCUUCAGGCCUUAUCACAUGUGGUGCCGCUAAGGGAUUAUUUUCUUCAAGAGAGUAAUUACAAGUGUAUUAAGCGGCCUCCUGGGGACCAAGCCUUCCUUCUUGUUCAGCGGUUCGGGGAACUGUUGCGAAAACUGUGGAACCCUCGCAACUUCAAGGCUCACGUCAGUCCCCAUGAGAUGUUGCAGGCUGUGGUGCUGUGUAGCAAGAAGCGGUUUCAGAUCACAGAGCAAGGUGACCCAAUAGACUUUCUGUCCUGGUUGUUGAAUGCUCUGCACUCUGCUCUGAAUGGAACAAAGAAACUGAACAGCAGUGUUAUUAACAAGACGUUCCGUGGCCGAAUGAAAGUCUACUCCAGAAAGGUUCCUCCACUUGAUAUGAAAGAAGAAGAGAAAGAGGCAUUAAUGCGAACACCGGAAUACCAAGAGAUUUUGGAAGAAAUACCAUGGCUGUAUUUGACCUGUGACCUUCCACGACCUCCUUUGUACCCUGAUGAGUUACGCGAGAACAUCAUCCCACAGGUGCCAUUUGCGACAUUGUUGUCAAAAUUCAAUGGCAUCACUGAAAAGGAGUAUAAGACACACAAAGACAGUACCUACAAGAAAUUUGAACUGACGCGGUUACCUCCGUACAUCAUCAUAUACAUCAAGCGGUUUAACAAGAACUACUUUGUUCAUGAGAAGAACCCAACAAUUGUAAACUUCCCUAUCAAAAACAUUGACUUUGGCGACAUGCUGUCUCCAGAGAUACGGUCUAAACACCGGUUCACGACAUAUGAUCUUGUGGCCAACAUCAUCCAUGAUGGAGAACCAGGUUGCGGAAAAGGAACGUUCAGGGGACAUAUUCUCCACAAGGCCACUGGUAAAUGGUAUGAAUUGCAAGAUCUGCAUGUUUCUGAUAUUCUACCACAGAUGAUUACAUUGUCAGAAAGUUACAUUCAGAUCUUUGAAGUCAGAAGGGACAUCCCUAACCCUGCUUAUGAGAAACCAGUGUCACAGGAUUCAGAAAUACCAGUGGUUGAAAUGGAGGAUAGUUGAUGUCAGUUACAUGUAGAGUACAUAGGUACAAUUCAAACUACAAAGUGGUUGAGAUAUUGAAUAAUUGUCAAUGAAAAUAAUAGGUAUUCCCCCCCCCCCCCCCCCAAAUUACUAUUAUCAAGUGGAAGAAGGUAUUUGUCUGUUUGCUCGUUUUAUUUCCUACAAAGUUGAACAUUGUGGUCCAGACAAUAUACUCUAGAGCAAAAAAUAUUGGUGAUUUUAAAAUAAAAAAUAUUUACCAUAAUUUUACAAAAAUAACCUUAAUCAGAGUCUCACUGGUCCUUCUAACUUCCGACGCAUAUGCUGAUGUAUGAUCAAUCUAGGAUUGAUCCCUGUCAUUUCUUAUUCCAACCAGUGCACCACAAUGGCUUAACAAAGUCUGUGGUAUGGACUAAGCUGUCUGUGUGAUGGUUCAUAUAAAAGAUCCCUUGCUGCUAAUCGAAGUAGGUUUCCUGUCUGAUAACCUUUACCCACAUGCCCAACACCAGUAUAACAGUGAUUAAAUGGUGUUGGGUGUCAGUAGUAGUAGAUACAUAAAAAAGUGAAGAUUAUGUAUGUGAUCUAUUUGUGAUUUUUUAAAUUUUUGUAAACACCAUUUCAGUGACCUGUUAACAAAAUAUAUAUUAGAUCACUGACUUGUUAACAAAGAAGACAUUUUAUGUAACUAGAUCAGUUUAUCUAUACUGUAAAUAAUUGAUCAUUGCCUGUAUCUUAAAUAGUACCAGAGUGAACUGUGCAUCUGAAACCAUUUAUAUUUGAAGCCCUGUAUUGGAUUUUAUAGGAUAUUAAACAAGCUUCCAUUUCGUAUCAUGUUUAUGUACCAAGUGAAAUAAUUUUCACUUAACAUUUACCUUUUGGGGAAACAGACUAUGCAAAAUAAUACAGAUAAUCAGUGCUUAGACGUAUAACACCCAAUUCGUUCAAUACAAAAUAUCAUGCAUUUUGAAUGAAAAGAAACAUUAUGGAGAAACAGUUUUAACAUUUUAUGACCACUUUGCGGUGGUUGUUUUUUUGUCAUUAAACAUGGUACAUGUACAUUUUAACAAAAUUAAAGAAUUAUAAAACUUUGUAAACAAAUGACAGUCUUUCACAAUGUCAACGAAGCCUCGUUUGUGUGUCCUUAGAAUUUGAACUUUUUUGUAAGGGAAAUUAUGUGAACAUUUGAAAUGAUGUGUCAAGAAAUUACAUCAGAACUUUUAACAUGAAUUUAAAAAACACAAUAAAGUGAAUUUUCAUCAGAAGUUUCCAAUUCGCUUGAUAUUAUGAUGUGAUGACGUUUUGAACAUGGUGUAUGGUGGGGCUCAUUCGACUGACGUCCGGUGUGGACACUGAUGUUAAAAAUGCCAUCAUAUUUUGGUUCUGCAAAUAAUGUACCCAAUAUAUCACAGCUGGAUGAUUUAGUGGAACCAAACAUUUGAAAUUGUGCAAUGUUGAAGCGACUGUAUUUUGCUCAGGUGUGGAAACGGGUGGGCGUGUCGAAGAUUUUGAUUUGCAAACAAGUAUUUUGCUGAUUUCCUUGUGUUGUUCAUCUGAUAUUCUGGCACAUGCGUUGACCGAUGCAACAUUUUUGUGCCCUAACAAGCUGCAUGAUAUGUGUGGAAGCAUGGUUAUUAACAUUUAAAGUCUGCAGCAUUGUUUUUCGUGUACUGUGGUUUGUGAAUUGUUUGUGCCCAGUUAAGUUAGCAGCUUGUGCCAUUUUUUUCAUGAAAUUACUCUGUUUGUGCCCACUGGCUGACGUUUGAACCAUAAUUCACCCUCUUUUGGAAACAAUCUGGUGUUGCUGGCUAAAUAAAUAGAGAUUAUUAUACGAGCUUGUGUGUCGUAGUGUUGUACUGAUUUUAUGAAACGAGCGAGGGUAAUACAUAAAUCCUGACACAAGUUUCGUAAAAUUAGUAUGACACACACGCGAGUGUAAUAAUUUCUUUAUUAUCCAUGUUAUUGUUGUUUUCUUUAUGAAUAACAAGACCCAAUCAAAAUGUUUCAGCCACAACUAGAAGGAGACUAAGAAAGGACGUCAUAUUUCGAAUGCACAGUCUGAGCUAGGACUUGAGAAGCAAUGUCAUUUUAUGACGUCGCUUCCCAAAAUUACGUCAUUACACUUGUUAUUACACGUGUGCUUCGUAUGAUUAUUAUUAACUCGGUUAUGUUGAACCAUAUGGGUAAUAAAAGGGGUGUUAUCGACCUGAAAAAUUGGGUUGUCUUAAACAUUGAUGGUACUUUUUAUACAGUACUAUCUGACAGCGGUCUGGCUCAGAUGGAAUCGCCUAAACACGACGGGGUAUUUUUCUGACAUCUCUGGGAUUUGCACCUGUACAUGUUUUGUUUUGGUGUGACGUUCGUUAUACUCCAGAACUUUGUUGUCAGUGUCAGUUUUUAGACCCCUGUCAUCUGCCUCUGUGGGAGUACAGACUGUAAUCCAAAAUAUAGUGUAUUGUUCCACCAUAGUGUGUGCAGUAUUGUAUUUGGGGUAUUCCCACCAAGAUGACCGGAUUCCCACAGUUUGUCAACUUGGAGAUUCUGAUUCAGCCUCACAUGGCUUGUUGUCUUUGCAUUCACGUUUCAAAUACUUUGUUUACAAGUGAGUACUUUGUGUGAUUUCGAGAAACGGGUAUCAGCCGUUAUUGAUGGGGUGUAGUUGCACCGUUUUAAAUGUCUAUCAAUGCUGGAUCGAAUACACCAUACAUGUAAACUGCUUGGCUCAUAUUCAACAUCAUUGGGUUUUUGGACAUGCAUAUUAAAUUACAUAAAAUCCAGUCUAGUUCUUCUGGUUGGAUAUUUUCUAUUUUUCGGGUUUCCUGUAGUGAUUUUGUCAAAUAAAUUAAAUUGUUCAGAA